GUGAUGCAUGAUCCACCCCUAUAUUGCUGAUAAAAGCAAUUCAAUUCAGGGCUGUUAUGGCUGAAGGAGGUGAAAGUGCAAUAGAUGUGUUUGGAAAAGUACUCACAAAGCUUUCAAAAAUACUUGGGAGGGAGCCACCUUUUACCAUUGUCACUGCAGAGCUUAAUGCUAAGGGUUUGAUUGCAGAUGGUCAGCUUAGUGCUGUAAAAAGACAAGGCUUAACAAAUGAUCAAAGAGGGAAUGAAGUGGCUGAGAAGCUAAAAGAAAAGAUAGGAGACAGUGACAACCCUAAUGAAUGUGUACUCAAAAUAUGUGACGUCUUUGAAUCUGACACUGUAGACUAUCCUACAUUAAAGGGCUAUGGAGCAAAAAUGAGGAAGAGCAUUUCAAAUCAAAGCAGACAAACAUCUGGAGUCAAUAAAACAAAAAAAUGUCCCCCAAAAAAAUUUGCUGUUGAUGAUGAAACUGACGGGCCACAAGCUUCAAAACAGGGCCAUAAAAAUGAACAGGAAAGUGAUGAUGAACAGGAAAGUGAUGAUGAACAGGAAAGUGAUAAUGAACAGGAAAGUAGUGAUGAGGAUGAACCAAUGACAAAAGAUUCAAAAAACCCAACUGGACCACAAGAUAUGUCAACUCAAAUUCCAAAACAAGGUGCUGGUAACAAGAAAUUUGAUAAACAAGAAGGUCCACCAAUGUGGUUAUAUGAACAGAUGAUUCUUGAUCGUAAGCUCCCUAAGCCUGAAACCAUAGAAACUGAAGAUCUCAAGGGGAUUGAAUACCUACUUUUGCCAGCUACUGUUACUGAAAAUGAUGCAGUCGAGUAUUAUUUAAAGCUAUCAAGUUUAAACUGUUCGACUUCUAUUAAAGCUAUAGAUAUUGAUGGUUUAAUAAUAUAUGUCGGAUCUUAUGGAAAAACAAAAGUUAUGGUUACAAUGACAGCACCAGCUAAGAACAAGCAAGGUCCCGUUCAUGCUGCUGUUAUCACAACAAAGAUACUAGAAAGGUUUACGAGCAUCAAAUACGUUGUUGCUAUUGGCGUUUGUUUUGGGAAGGGUCCAUCAAAGGACCAGAAAUUAGGUGAUGUCGUUGUUUCAGAUGAAAUUUUUAAUUUUGUAAGUAAGCGUAGAGGAGUCGACGAUGACAGUCAGAGAGGUGGAAAUCAUACUUUGAGACACGAUACAGUGAAUAUCUUCAAAAAGCUUAAAAUGCCCCGUAAAAUUAAAGUUUUACAAGGUGGAAUUGUAUCAACAGCUGAUCUGAUUGAUAAUCCAGGCAUUAAGGAAGAGUUGUUUAAAAAAUUUCCUAAUGCUAUAGCAGGAGAAAUGGAAGGAAUUGGAGUAGUGACUGCUAUUGAGUACACCCUUCAACGUGUUGACGUUAUUGUCAUCAAGGGUAUCGGUGACUGGGGUGAUGGUAACAAAGAAGCCACUAAAGGAUGGAAGCCAUUUGCAGCCCGUGCUGCUGCUCAUUAUGUGCAUAAUGUACUAAAUCAAUAACAAUUUCAAAACUUUUGUAACUGACUAAUGAUUAAACUUAAAUUACAUUUUAAAAUUUAUUUUGUUAGCUUUUGCAUUUGAAAUUUUUGAUAUUUUGCUAGCUUUAAUAAUUAACAUACCAGAAAUUGAGUGAUUUUUUGUGUGAAUUUAAU